AGUGUUUAUUACUUCCUUUUCGCUUUCUAAAUUUUUAUUAACAAAUGGAUUGUUGCUAUCAACUUCUACAUCAAAUACGAACUUAAACAUUUUGUAAAUAGGCUAAAAUUAUGACAUACAAAAUAUGUAAACAAAUAUCACUCACUACACGUGCAUUUCGCAUUGCUAAUUACUUUGUAUCAGUGCCGGUAAAAAGAAUUUAUCAGUGACAUUUUAUAUAUCGAUACAUUUAUUAUAUCGUUAAAAUUGAUAACAUUUACUCAUAUAUAGUUUAACGCUGAUAAGAAUAAACAAAUUAAGUUUUUCUAUUAUUCUUAGAUGUCUAGAUAGCACCACAGGUUCAUAAUUUUUACGGAUAAUAAAAGUAGUGGUAUACUCCAUUCAACAAAAAUAUGUCACCAACUUCGGAAUCUGCAGCGGCGGGUAACAAUAGUAUCCGUGGCCGAGAGCGUGAAAAUGCACAUAUUAUCCAGCAGAGCAACAAGUGUUAUGAACACCGAGAAUUGCAGGCGACUGCCAUGUCUGUCGACUAUACAGGUCAAUGGGUUUUGUUGGCAGGUCGACGUCAUUUGGCAUUGCAACGCCUCGGCCAGGAUGAUGGUACACUACGUGAAUUCCAAAGAAAUUCAAAAUAUGAAGUAUCCGCAGCUGAAUUUGCAACACUACCAAAUCGUCAGGAAUAUUGUGCGAUCGCAACCAGUGAGCACAUUGAUGUUGUUACAUGGGGUGCUGCCGACAUGCAGCAUUAUCAUUCAUUGCGUGGUCACACACGCAUGGUAACCGAUAUUGAUUGGCAUAGCAAAAAUAGCAAUCUAUUGGUCAGCUGUUCAAUUGAUACAUUUUCACACAUUUGGGAUUUGCGCGAUCCCCGCAAGCCAACACUGUCCUUGAGUGCAGUCUGCAUGUCUGGCGCAACACAAGUUGGUUUCAAUCGUGUUUCGGGUCAUCUAUUAGCGGCGGCCCAUGACGGCGAUCUUCGCAUAUGGGAUAUGCGUAAGGGUUCGUGUCCUGUACAUUAUAUCACAGCUCAUUUGAACAGAGUGCAUGGCAUUAAUUGGAGUCAUUUGCGUGAAACUUGCUUAGCUACUGCUAGUCAAGAUGGCACAGUGAAAUACUUCGAUGUAAAUAAUCCACGGCGUGCAGAGAAAAUUAUAACUAUGUCAUCGCCUGUAUGGCGCGCGCGUUAUACCCCUAUAGGUAACGGUUUGGUUAGCAUUGUUGUGCCUGCUAUGGGACGCGGUGAGAAUAGUUUACUGUUAUGGAGUAAUAACAAACAAACGGAUCCUGUAUGCUCCUUUGUUGGGCAUACUGAUGUAAUACUAGAUUUUGAAUGGCGACCGAAUCGUGAAAACACAUCGGAGAUUGAACUAGUUACAUGGUCACGUGAUCGUAGUUUACGCGUGUGGAAGAUUGAUGAUAUGAUACUGAAACUCUGUGAACCCGAUUUCGACAGCAAUGAAGUGUGCGAUACACCUGACUCUUUUGCCGACACUCAAACUAAAUUUCAACCAAUACACUCGUCAUCUCUAUAUCAGCCCACUUUGAGUUUGACGCGUACAGGUGCCGCUUCAUUGCCUUCAGAAAGCUCUGACAGUCUAACAAUACCGACACUAUCGCGUUCGCCUCCACCGCCAAUGCGUAAGGAGGAGACACGCAUAGCACGUUCACUUACAGAUCAGCCGACAUGCUCGCUACAUCAUGAGUUCUCGCUACUAAAUAGAAAUAUGCCUCAUGUAGAGGUCGAUCUAUUAGAUGCGAUUAAGCGUUUUGCAGUCUUCAAGAUUUCAGCUGGUGGACACGUGGUGGUGUUGCAGACAGUUUUUCCAACUGAAUAUCCGAGUCCGAAUAUUGGACCCGAAUUCUCCUUUUGCGAAGGCACCACACUGCAUGAACAACUGUCUGCCGUUCUGCUGAAGACACUCAGAACGAACGCUUUGCAACGCGUUAAAAAAUCACGCACCUGUGUAGAGCAAUGCCUGCGCGCAUUGGUGGGUGCCAUGAAAAAGUCUGUGGGCGGUGUCACCGACAAAUCACAACUACGCUUACAGUCGCCACGCUUGGAGGGCGCAUUAAGUGGCGCCCUACACGACGCCUGUAUACCAUAUCCACGCACAUCGGGUGUUAAUUUCAAUACUACCGGCCUUUUGGUCGUCUUUGCGCAAGCGCCAAAUACCAAACGCUUAACAUUACGUCAUCAGAACACAACACCGCGCACAUUUUCCGCCAUUAGCGGUGGCGUACUCUUGGGUAAUGUCCUAUAUACGCAUCGCGAUUCAAAUGCCUCCUUUUAUCUACAAGAUCGCAUGAGUGCGAAACAUACGAAAAAUCGUUCGAUGCAAAAGCAAACCAAUGCCACGCCCAUCGUACAUAUAUAUGAAGCCUGCAAGCUGCUGAAUAUCAGUUGCGAAAUGGCGAAAGAAUUCUCACUGGACAAGCGUAAUUUGCGCGCUACAUGUUGUCGCAAUCGGCAAGUGUGCGAAACAUAUGGACGUUAUGAUUUGGUGCCGAUAUGGACACUCGCCGAGCUGAUAGCCAAACCGAAUAUACCGAACGAAACCAAAUACGAAACACUCUUCUACAAAGAUCCGUUUAAGAAAUUUCUACUCGAGGCAUUAAUUAUGCAUUUUGCUAGCGCAGGCGAUUUACAGACGGCUGUUAUGUUGGCAUGUCUCUUUCACAAAUGCUCCUCAACAGCCGGCGAUUUAGGUGAAUUUAUGUUGAGCACCACGCAAUGCUACCAACACACCAAUAAACUUCAACAAUUGCAUAAUACUUCGCCCUACCAUACAGUGCUGCCCAUCGAUUAUCAUGCAUCACACCCCAAAUCUAACUCGGCGCUUACGGUCAAUGUGCAUAUGAAGCAAUUGCGCAGCAAUUCUUGGUCAGACUCUUUGGACUGGGUGGACUCGAAAUAUUGCAACUCCGACUCGUAUUCAUGUUCGCUGAUAAGACGCACGAAAAUGCCGUUAUUCGACCACUUUAAGAAAGUGUAUGCGGAUAUAUUGUUUGGCUGGCAACUGCUGACCAAACGCUCGCUGAUACUAAAGCAUACAAUGUUCUCACCAAACCAACCGCAUGGUGUUGAAUUCGUCACCGAGUGCACCGGUUGCAAUAAAAUUAAGCGCACACCCUCAUGCACCAGCUGCCAGCGUCCAGUGCUUUUCUGCCAGCUCUGCAAUUUGCCGGUGAAGGGCGCAGCCAAUGCGUGUUUAGCCUGUGGUCAUGGCGGUCAUAUGGUGCAUAUGUUGCAGUGGUUUAAGAAACAUAGCAUUUGUGCCUCUGGUUGUGGUUGCAAUUGUUUGAAGCAGACUGCAGCUCUGCUGGAGCUUAUGAAUUGACAGACUUCAUUUAGAAUUUUUUUUUAUUUUAAGCGACAUUUUAUAUUAGUGACCAAAAAUGCCUUAAAUAGAUGUGGCAAACAGAAACUUGACUUCGAUACGCGCGUGUUUUGAAAAUGUAGUUUUUAUUUUUUGCUGACUUAUAUGCAUAUAACUGUAAUAUGAAAAAAAAAAUUUAUGAUUUUUAAUUAAAAAUUUAAAUAAAUUGGUGACUAUAUUAUUAUUUUUUUUUACUUAGCGUCAAAUAUAUUUGUUCAAUAAUUAUAUUCCUAUACAAUAUAACUCAUCUUAAUAAAUAGUUAAAAUACAUUUGUUUUGUACAACAAUAGUUAGAUAAAAUUUGGCCACAGUUAGUUCUGACUUAGCAUAUUUGAAAAAUGCGAGAAUAUGUUUUCUUAAAAAUUUACAUAAAUUAAUCACAAAUAUACAAAUUUCUCAUACUGAAAACUAAUGCUACAUACAGACAUACAAAUUUAGGAUUUUUUAAGAUUGAAAACUUUCCGUUGGAAAUUUUGGUAGUUCCGAAAGAAAUGGAAACUUUCUGAAUUUUUAGUGAUCUCGCAGUUUUUUAGCUAAUUUUUGUAAAUGUAUGCACAUCAUAGCUCAUAAUUGACGCUAAAACAGAUAAGCAUCCGGAAAGUUCCCAAGGCCUUUGAGGAGACACGAAAUAUCUGUAUAUAACUUUGAUUUCUAAAAUAAAGUACCAUUCGUUCGUCAUACACUUCUAAAAAACAAGUUCACUAAGACUGUGUUCACAGGAGCACUCUUUUGUUGACAAAACCGAUUUUUUUAUUUAUUUUUUUGUGUAGGUGAGGAGACUACGAGGAAAGACGAAGACGUUCGUUUCCACGACAGUCGGGUCUACGUUACCGGAACGGACUCGGAUUUUUAACUGGCCAAGGACUGUCAACUCUAUACUAUUAUAAAACAAAAACAACAACAACGAAGACGAAGAGCCCGUGCCGCUCGUGCUCGGCUGGCGCGCUUUGUGUUCUUGUUCGUAACAACAAUUGUUGCAACAGCGCUCGGUUUCAAAUGAAUAUUUAUGAUAUGUUCGGAGAUUUGAAAUUUAUUAUCAAUUUUUUGUAAUAUGUAACUAUGUAUGUAUAUAAUAUUUUAGAAAAGGGUGAAUAAAAGGAUAAUCAAAACAUC